AUUCCAUUAUCCAACUCUAUCACUCGUCUCCAAGGGUUUCCGAUCACUCAUCGCUUCGCCUGAGCUCGAGGCCACACGUUCCUUCAUUGGGGAAACCGAGAAUCACCUUUGUGUCUGCUUAAACCUCAACAAGAACAACAACUAUAAUCCUCGCUGGUUCACACUUUCCCCGAUAGCCAAACAGAAAUUGAAAUCCAUCCCUUGGCAUCGUCAUCAAUAUCCCAAAUCCUCAACAGUUGUUGCAAAUGGUUCAGAUAUUUACAUAGUCGGAGGCUUCGUUUGCGGAACAAGUAGCAAGAGAGUAUUUGUUUUCGAUAGUCGAUCUCAUCAAUGGCGUAGACUCCACGACAUGCGUUUACCUCGUGUUUCUGCAGUUGUAAAUAUAGUUGACAAGAAGAUCUAUGUUAUUGGAGGCUACAAGCCCAGGAAUAUCAAAGAUUGUGGAGAGGUUUAUGAUCCAAAUACCCAAACUUGGGAGCCAUUAUUGCCCACGACAGUAAAUCUCACCAUUCAAAACUGUGUGGUUUCAGGUGGCUUGGUAAUGGGCGGGAAACGUUAUACAACGAAUGGCACGAAAAUGAACACUUGCUUUGUAGAGUUAGAGAACUUGCUGUUGGGUCUAAGUGAAACGUAUAGAGAUCUAGUGUGGCGUGAACUGAAGGAAGAUGUUUGGCGUGUGGUUAGGGGACUUGAACAACUGUCUCACAAUCAAAAUUUUACUUAUGUGGGAAACUCCGGCGGAGGGAGAAGAGUGGCCAUUUGGUGGAAGUCGAUGGUGGUGUUUCGCCCUCGAGGUCGUAGCCACUCGACUAAGAAAUGUAAAACGGAGAUUUGGUGUGCAGAAAUUUCAGUUGAGAGACGCGGUUUAGGAGAGCUUUGGGGAAGAUUUAGUUUUAGUUUUCGAGAUAGUUUUAUAUAUAUUUUUUUGUGGGAGUUUUUUUGA